CUAUAAAACGGCUCUAGGGCGCUGCCUCCGCAGCCUGCCUUCUGCGCUCCCACUUUCGGCGACCCUCUGUGCCCGCCGGCCGUCCGUGCCGCCAUGGAUCUCGCCGCCAUCUACGAGAGCCUCGUGUCCCUGAGCCCCAGCCUGCCAUCGGACAGCGGGGACGCGGAGCCCAGCACAGUGGCCUGGGCAACCUCGGGACCCUGGAGCUCGGCCGACUCCAGCGCUUCGGGGGUCAACCCCCGCCUGCCCGGCCGCUCCACCAGCCUGGUGGAAGGCCGAAGCUGCAUCUGGGUGCCCCCUCCCCCGGGCUUCAAACCCCUGGCUCCCCGCCCGGGCCCUGAGCUCUCGCCCUCGCCCACCUCGCCGACCUCGACCCCCACCACCUCCUCCCGCUACAAGACGGAGCUUUGCCGAACCUUCUCGGAGAGCGGCCGCUGCCGCUACGGGUCCAAGUGUCAGUUCGCCCACGGCUUGGGGGAGCUGCGCCAGGCCAACCGCCACCCCAAGUACAAGACGGAGCUCUGCCACAAGUUCUACCUCCAGGGCCGCUGCCCCUAUGGCUCCCGCUGCCACUUCAUCCACAACCCCAGCGAGGACCUGGCGGCCCCCGGCCACCCCCAUGUCCUGCGCCAGAGCGUCAGCUUCUCGGGCCUGCCCUCUGUCCGCAGAGGCUCGCCGCCGCCCUCGGGCCUGUCCUCCUCGCCCCCCAGCUCCCCGCCUCUCCCUCCCGGGGACCUCCCCCUCUCCCCCUCCGCCUUCUCUGCUGCCCCCGGCACCCCCGUGGCCCGGAGGGACCCUGUUUCAGCCUGUUGCCCCUCCUGCCGAAGGGCCACUGCCACCAGCGUCUGGGCACCCUUCGACCUGCCUCGGAGCCCGUCCGCACACUCCUUGGGUUCGGAUCCCGACGACUACGGCAGCAGCGGCAGCAGCCUGGGGGGCUCCGACUCGCCGCCCGUCUUCGAGGCUGGGGUGUUCGGGCCAUCGCAGCCCCCCGUAGCCCGGCGGCUGCCCAUCUUCAACCGGAUCUCUGUCUCUGAGUGAUGAGCCUGCCCGCCACUGAGCAGCUGGAGUUUAAGGAGGAAGGGUGGGGGGCAUCUCCUUUGCACUCUGGAUCUCGAAUUUAGGAGCUCAGAAGCUAGCAGCCUCCCCUCCCCAAGCAUUACCCCCUCCUCACCCGCACUGGGGCAGGCCCCCAGCAUCCCCCGUGCAAGUGUUCACGGGAAUUUUUCUUGGGGUCCUUUUGAGGAAAAUGUAGCAAAUUUCCAGGGCGGCGGUGAACCUUCUCUCCACCAGAACUCGCCUUGCCCAAUGCUGUGAAUAAAGGCCCUCACUGUCCCCAUCCCCCCAAUUUUUCCGAGGCCCCCUCUCUUCCGCGCGCCCCCGAGGAUCCGCAGUCAGAAGGCCCGAGCCUCCCAGAGGCAGAAUCCUGGUGCUCAAAUUUCCCUCCGAAAUCAAGUAGCCAAAGCCUUUGCCAAGUCUUCUCCCGUCCUUUGCCCCAGCCACUGGACCCCUUAUUUAUGACGACUUUAUUUAUUCUAAAAAAUUUUAUAGUAUUUAUAUAUAUUGGGUCGUCUGCCUCCAUUGUAUUUUUCUCCUUUUUUGUAAUAUUGCAAACGAUGAAGUAAUUAUUCUAUGUGUUAUAAUAUAUUAAUAUAUAUUCAGAAAUUUAUUUUUGUGUGCUUGGAAUUUUUAAAUAAAAAAUCUGCGUAGA